AUGCAGCGAUCACAUUUCCAGCUAGCCUGCUAUGCCGCUAGCUCAAUUAUAAUAUAUCUGGCAGGGCCGCCGAAUGGUACAGACUGCACCUGGUUUAUUCUGCUGCCAUUGGCUGCCCCUCUGAUGAUAUACCUGGUUGGAGAUGUCUCCCCCAUAUUCGACUGCAGCCUGGCUAGUCUUUCGGUGGCAGCAGUUUACGAGGCUGGCACGCCGACGGAAAUGUCCCUACUAGCCAGUUUUGUGUCUUUUUUGGCCUUCGCCCCGCUAAUGACCGCAAUCUAUGAAACGACAAACCGUCCCAGCUGGGUUUCUUCGCUCUUCAUGGCCGGUGUCGCAUUUGCAUACGGCGACCUUCAGCAGGGAUGGCUCAAAAUUGCCCUCGCUGUAAUGGUUUUGUUUAUCAACUUUUUGAUGCUAAGACUAUCGGCCGCAAUGGCUCCUGAGCAACGUCAAACCGCUGCAAACACUGUGCGGCUCGUCCUCUUCAUUGUCUCGGUGGAUGCAGUUCUUAAGGGUCUUCUCAAGGUGUCUUGUGGGUACCUGCUCGCUUUGCCGGACGUAAUUUGGCUGUUUGCUGCACUUUGA